AUGGCGUUCCCCAACCCCAAGAUCACCUGCUAUAGCGCAGCCCAAUUACAACAACAGCUUCAAUCAGGACUUUCAGCUCUUCGCCGCUUCGGAGACCCAGCCAACCCCUCCGACUGCCACGCCAGAGUGCCUCAAGCACAGUCUACUCAGUCACCAUCUCUAGGGCACUUCAACUCUUUCAACCAAAGGUCUUAUUCUAGUCCAACUUUGCACAUCACACAGAACCAAUCACAAAACUUGCGACAACUCGCACAUUUCCAGCAACUGCCACCCGUACCUCCUUUUGAUUCAGGAUCUCGCAGAAUUCACACCGCGCCUACUGUCCCACAAGGCACCAUGGCGACUGCUUUUGACUCUAUGUAUCUUCCGGGAGGCGACUUGUUCGCUUCCCAUGAUGAUUUCCUGCAUCACACAGAUUUCCAGUCACACGACUACAAGUUCACCAGCCCUCUCAUGAAUGAUGGCACCAUCUCUCCCUCGGAAUUGUUGAACGAUGAUUCCAUGAUCAUGUCAGCACCAAACUCCACGGCUUUUCCCCCUCUGAGCACUCCGGAUUCCGGUUACCUUGAAUCGCCUGCCACAGGUCUGAAUACUUCGCCUUUGGUGGAUGGUCUCCUCGAUGACCAGCUUAAUUUCCCGGAUCUUGAUAGCAUGGCUCCGCUCUUCCCUCCGGAUGAUUCAUUUGAUCAGUUCGCGCAAUCAGCUCUCCUUGAAGAGCCCACUAGCUUCAGUGCCGUGAACACACGGCCCUCUUCCAACGCUUCUCCUAUGGUCCGACAGAAGUCUUCUCCUGGAAGGCCUCCUUCUCACCCCUAUGGCCUAGGCCAUAGCCGCAAGCACUCUGAUGCUUAUGGAGUUAGCAAGGCGAAGCCCCGUAAAUCAUUGCCAGAGAUUAGCAUCGACAGCGAGGAUGACAAGGAAACAGCUAAGCGAAAGAAGAACACUGCUGCCGCACGAAAGAGUCGUAUGCGCAAGCAGGAGCAUGCCGAGGCCAGUGAAGCCGAGAUUGCGCGUCUACGAGCAAUGAUUUAUCGAAUGGGUGGUGACCCUGAUGAGAAAAGGUGA